AUGAACAAUUAAAAAUAAUAACUUGAUUAACUUAAGUAUGCUCUUUGGUUAGCAAUCAUGUAAAGUAUAUUUUAUAUAUUAUUAUUAGAUAAAAAUGAAUAAAUAGUGUAAUUUUUUAAUUCCCCAAAAAUUGAAAUUAAUGUUAAUGUUAACUUAACAAAUUAAGGAAUUACAGCAUUACAUUAAGCAGCAAGUAAUGGAAAUUUGAAUUUGGUUUAAUUUUUAGUGGCUAUCUAAAAGGCAGAUAUUGAUUAAUAAGACUUAGUAAUUUGUAAUGGAAAAAUUAGUUUGGAAGAACUCCGCUUCAUUUUGCAUGUGCAAUUGGCAAUAUUGCAAUAGUUGAUUAUUUAAUUUAAUCAAAGGCCUAAACUAAUAUUCAAACAAUUGUAUGAUUGAUUUUUAAAGAAAGGGAGGAGAAUCACCAAUUAUGAAAGCAGCCUAAUUUCAUCAAUCAUAAUUAUUAAUUUAUUUAAUUCAAACGCAUUCAGAUAAAAUAAAUUGGAAUCUAGUUAAUAAAGUAUAAAUUAUGAUUUAAUAAAAGUUGGGACACAAUGUUUUGCAUAUAUUUAGAAUUUCAUCUGUAAAUUCAUUAGAGAAAUAAACUUAAAUUUAUACACCAAUAAAUGAUGUGAUAAUUGAAUUGAUGGCAUUGAUUUCAGUUGAAGGACAAUAAACAGUUUAAUGA